AGUGGCGCAGAUCUGCUGGCAGUCAACUCCGAUGGGAACAUGCCCUACGACCUGUGUGAAGAUGAUCCCACGCUGGACAUCAUUGAGACGGCCAUGGCCAACAGAGGCAUCACCCAGGAGAUGAUCAACGAGACUCGAGCGUCGACGGAGAGGAAGAUGAUAGGAGACAUUCAGGAACUGCUGAGUCAAGGAGAAAAGGUCAACCAGCAGGACUCUCAGGGAGCUACUCUGCUACACAUCGCAGCAGCAAAUGGCUACGCGCAGGCUGCAGAGCUGCUGCUGGAGGGGGGGGCUCGUGUGGACCUCAGAGAUUCAGAUGGAUGGCAGCCUCUUCAUGCUGCAGCGUGCUGGGGUCAGAUGCAUGUGGCAGAGCUGCUGGUGUCUCACGGAGCCAGUCUCAAUGCCAAGACCUUCCUGGAGGAGACUCCAAUUGAUCUGUGUGAGGACGAGGAGUUCAGAGCCAUCCUGCUGGACCUGAAACACAAACACGACAUUAUCAUGAAGUCACAGCUCAAGCACAAGACCUCGCUGUGCAGGCGAACGUCCAGUGCAGGCAGUCGUGGAAAAGUGGUGCGGCGAGCCAGUUUGUCGGACAGACACAACCUGUGUCGUAAAGAGUACGAGACCGAGGCCAUCGUGUGGAGGAAAGAAAAGGAAGACGAGGACGAGAAAGAAAAGGAGUCUGAUCAGGAGAAUAGCCAAGUAGUUAGUGUCAAGCCUGUUGUCGCUGUGGAGCUGCCCGACAAGUCCAACCUACCCACCAUCCUCAAAGAAGGCAACAGCAAGCAGAAUGGCCUAAUCUCCACGACAACAUCCAUGCCACCUCAGCCUCCCUCCAAUGGCAGCACACCGACGUCCAGCAAGGGUGGGGUUGUCACCACCCAGCCGUCCCAGGAGGAAACCUGGCCAAAAGAGCGCCCUCAGACUCUGUCAGAGCUGAAAAAGCAGCGAGCUGCUGCCAAGCUCUUGAACCACCCCUUGUUCAACGGUCACCUUGGUAACGGCUCCACAGACUCCUUCACUGAUGCCAAAACCACCUCUGAGGAUCCUCGCAUGCCGCUGGUCUCCUCCAAUGGCAACGCCGUAUAUUAUACCCCAGCCAGCGGCGACCCACCCCUGCUCAAAUUCAAGCAGCCUAUGGAGGAGGAGCAGCCGAAGGUGCGGACCUGCUGCUGCGUGUCAUAGUUGGUGCGCGGUCAUGUGACUGUUACCAGAACAGGAAGUGUUUGCACUGAGAGGAGGGAAGCAAGGAAGGCUCUGUAGAAGGGAGGAGAAGAAAGAAGGAAAGUCUUUGAACAUCCUUCACCACUCCCGGUUCAAAAAUGUCUUCAAGACAGGCGGCCCGAUUAAAGUAUGAAAACAUUUCCUUUCACCUCCCAGUCUCGUAACUCCUUUAAAGUGCAGCUGAGAAGUGGAGGAAAUUCCUUUCAUACAUGGAGUCUCUUUACACAACAAAUGUAAAGACAAGAAGUGGUCCCGCUCUCCCUGUUAAAAAUCAAAGAGGAUGGGGAGUGUUUUUUGACAGAAAUUUAGAAUUAGGAGAGAAGAUCGCAAGGUACUGAAUCCUCUACACAUGGAAGAAACUUUGUCUGUUACCCCACAAACAGAUCGGUAUCAUUUCAUUAGAACAGCAUUUCUUCCAGGAUAAACUAAUCUUGUUAUCAAACCACAUGUGGCACAUUCUUGUCAUGUUCAAACAAGCAGGACAGUCAUCCUGGAAGGGUGCUGAUAUCUUGUAAUACACCGUGUUGUUGUAGUACAACACAUGAGAAAAUGCAAAACAUGGCAAAAGGAGAUCUGUGACAUCUCUUUCCGUGUUGACAUGCUGCCUGGAAAAGUAAGGGAAAGGAAUGCCAUAAAACAGUGUUAAAAUACUCAUGAAGUGUACUUCUACAGUGAGAGAUAACCGGAAGGAGUAAAAGUACUGCACUAGUGUUUGAAACGGUCACUAUAUUCCGUCAACUAUGCGUCACCUCACCGUCCUCUCACGUGGAACCUAAACUGACAGGUCGUGCUUUGUUUUAUGCAUUAUUCACUUUGUGCUCACUCGUAUAGAUAAUUUAAGCAAACAUGGUUGAAAAUUACUGUACAUGUUUUAUUUAUGAAAUGUAAAUUGUAAAAAAACAAAAAAACAAAGAAAAAACAUGGUUUCUAAAGUCGAGUGUAUUUAUUAUUUGGAUGGCGUGUGGAGAGUGUGUGCGAGUUGGUGGGGGGGAGGCGAAUCUCCCCAGCUGAGCACCUUCUGACAUGGAAGAACGGUUCAAAUGAAAUGAGGGUUACUGUCUGCGUUAUGUACGUGUAAUUAAAAAAAACAAAAAACCCAGCCAUCAUACUGGAUGGAUUCAUGAAUAUGUCACUACAAAUAACAGUGUUAUUUGUUUAUGUUUUGUUUUUGUUUUUUUCCUGGUGGCCAUUGUGUGGCUUUACUUCCCCUGAGUCACUGUAUUUGUCUUCUAAACUGAAACUGUAUGUUAUGUAAUGAUUACUGUAAAUGAAAAAUGAGUUUUCAGAAGAAUGCUUGAGGCCUCAGUAUCUUUGGUAUGUAGCGAGCCCAGGCUGUUAUAUCAGGUAAUGUGUCAUGCCCCCCCCCCAAAGGAAAAAAAAACCCAGUACUACAUGUAGUGGUUUGUCUGCUGAAUUAAAUGAAUAUUUCAUCAUUUUAGAAACAGUUGAUGAGAGGAGCUAGAGCCAGCAGUCAGCAUAUUAACACCCAGACUCUGAUUUUUGCUGAGAAAUAUUGAGCAGUUUGCACCUCAGCAAGCAAAGGGUCUGAGAGCAAAGGAGGAAUGCACUGACGUGAAUGCAGUGGCAAAACAAUGAGCUAUUGUUUGAAGACUUUUAAAUCUCUGCAGGAUUGUCAGAUUGUAAAUGACAGACUUGCGUAACAGGAAAUCUCGACUCUGACAUGUUGUCUGGAUCUUUACUAGCUACACUGAAAGUCUUCAAAAACUGCUCAUUGCCACACCAUUAGAUGAUAGCUGGUGCGCUCACAGUGACACUUGUCUUAGUUUAAAACAAGCACAUGCAGAACCGCUAACCACAGUGUGUCGUGAGCAGGCUUACCUAAAUGCAAUAAAGCCAUUAACACUGCAGGCGUCCUUUUCCUGCCUUGACAUGGCAGGAAAAAAGUGAAAAACAUUAGUGAGACUUUGUUUUCUUCUCAGAGCAAGAUGUUUCUCUUUGUUUCGAGUCUUCAUGGUAAGUUAAGGCAAGUAGUUUCUAUUUGUGGAGACUAAGAAGGAGUUUAGUAUCAACCUUGUCAUCAAACCUGCAGCCAGGAAGCCAGUCAGGCUACACCCGGGAAUGCGAAACUAUUCCUUAAAUUUAACAGCUCCUUUAAAUGUGUUUGUGCCAAAGAGUCUUCCAUGAGUUGAAAAUAAUUUAGUUUGGCGGGAAGCUUUCUGAUGGCCGACUUCUUUGAAAAUGUGAUUACCUGUAAUGCCACGCCAUCACCCUUCUUCCUCACCACAUCAACUGUACAGCGUUCGAGUAUUUGUACGGACAGGUUUGUAAAUAUGUUUGUAUCAGUACUCCCCCUGUUAUGUUCCCAUGUUUUUGCAUUUACAUGUCUGUGUUGUUACUGUUGAUGAACAUAUAGGAAACUACAGUUAACCAUAUGGAUGAAUAGUGUUAGCAGACUUUUGGUUGUACAAAGGGGGGGGGACUGUGCGAUUAAGUAGACCCUCAAGUAGUCCCAGGAGUCCAGAAUGUCUGCAGAGUCGAGCGCAUACCCACAUAUCGCUGAGUGUUAAGACACCAGUGUCUGUGGUGCAUUUAAAGCUGAAUGACUGAACUUUAGUGCAUGAUUUUUCUGCAAUGGUCAGUUUGUUUUUCACCUCAACUUGAGGAAGUAAAAAUGAAGUCAAACAGUUUGCCAUUUCCCUUAUUUUAGGUACAGCGAUGUCAUCUUGUUAUGAGGCAGCUUACUUCUGGUAGCUGCAAACAAGUUGAUUUUAAAAAAAAGUUCAACCCUGUUUCCUUAUUAAUUAAAUUCAAUCCAACUGAACAGGAAUUUGUUCAUGAAAAGUACCGACUGCUCAGUAUGACGCAGAAAGGGACAGUAGCCUGUUUCAAAAGUUACUUGUGAUGACAUACACAGAUCCAGGCUUGUGUUUAAGGAUCAAAUUAUGAAGACAAAACUACUGAUUUUGUAAUUACUGGAAUAUAUUGAUGGUUACAUUAACAUAUUUUGAAUAAAAUGUAUAUUUUGAGAA